UCCUAGGUCAGACAGGGAAAUAGGACUCCAUCCAGUUGGCUCUCAGAGGCUUCUGGGACAGGCCACAACCACACUCCAGUACAAACAGGAAAGCAGGAGCAGAACUCUCUCAGUAACUCAACAGACAGACCACACAGACACACCACGCUAGGACUGCAGAGGGUGAGGAACCGAGGGAAUCUUUCACCUCACUGGGGCAGUCAAACUCUAGAGGGGAGAAUCUGUUCUUUCUGCAGAGACACACUAAGACAUGAAGAGCAACUCCUUCGCCAUGGGUGACACAGGCAUUCAGCGCAAGCUUGGGACCAUCUGCAUCUUCGGGACGGGUGACUUUGGACGCUCCCUGGGACUGCGGCUGCUGCAAGCUGGGUACGGGGUGGUGUUCGGGAGCCGGAACCCCAAGGACUCCAGCCUCCUGCCCAAGGGGACCCAGGUGCUGAGCCACGCGGAGGCUGCCCAGACCGCCCAGGUCAUUUUUGUCGCUGUGCACCGGGAAAACUACGACUUCCUGGGUCAGAUGGCAGAAGGACUGGCAGGGAAGGUCCUGGUGGAUGUCAGCAACAACCUGAAGAGGAACCAGUACCCAGAGUCCAAUGCGGAGUACCUGAGCACGCUGGUUCCGGCAGCUUCCGUUGUCAAAGCUUUCAACACAGUCUCUGCAUGGGCGCUGCAGUCUGGGGGGCUGGAUGCAAACCGCCAGGUCUUUGUCUGCGGAGACCAGUGUGAGGCAAAGCAAAUGGUGGUGGACAUCGCCCACAGCCUUGGCCUGACGGCCCUGGACAGGGGCUCCCUCCGCGUAGCUGGGGAGAUCGAGGACUACCCCCUGCUGCUUUUCCCCCUGUGGAGGCUCCCAAUGGCCAUCGCCACCGGGCUCACCGCCGCGUUCUUCGUCUACGUCCUCAUCCAGGAUGUCGUCUACAACGCCGUGGUCAACGGGAAGGACAACUCCUUCCGCAUCAUGAUCUCCCUGGCCAACAAGGUCUUCCCGAUUGUCUCGCUUAUCAUGCUGGCGCUCUGCUACCUUCCUGGCGUGAUCGCGGCCUUCCUGCAGCUCUACAACGGCACCAAGUACCGCCGCUUCCCCGACUGGCUGGACAGAUGGAUGCUCUGUCGGAAGCAGCUCGGCCUGGUGGCCCUGGCCUUGGCCUUCCUUCACGUCCUGUACACAUUAAUCAUUCCCAUCAGGUACUAUGUCAGACUGAGGUUGAACGACUGGACCAUCUCCCAGAUUAAACGAAACAAAACGGAAACGCUGGACACCACCAUGGCCUGGCGCACAGACUCCUACUAUUCCAUUGGGGUCCUGGGAUUUGCCUUCUUUGUCCUAUUGGGAAUAACCUCUCUUCCCUCUGUCAGCAAUGCCAUGAACUGGAGGGAAUUCCGAUUCGUACAGUCCAAACUAGGCCACCUGACCCUGCUCCUGUGUACAGCGCACACCUUCCUCUUUGGCUGGGACAAGUUCCUGAGACCCUAUAAGUGGUACAUUCCUCCUGGAUACAUGCUGUCCCUCAUUUUGCCCUGCAUCGUUCUGGUUCUGAAGCUGGUACUCAUCACCCCGUGCGUGGACCGGACUGUGACUCGCAUACGGCAAGGUUGGGAGAGGAAGCCAGCGGGGCAGGCGGGCGUCAACGGCACCACCAGCAGUCAGCCCCUCAUGCUCUAGAACCAUGGGGCCAAUUCCUCCUUUUACUGCCCUCCAACCCAGAUCUACCAGUGCUCUGCCUAACUCUGCCAGCACAUAUUUCUUUUUUACAAAAUCAAUAUCAGGAUCCCAUUGACUCGAACAGGGUCACCACUUAAAGGCAGCAUUCAGUGGUGAGUGCUCGCGCGGGGUUAAAUUUGCUGACGCCUGAUAUGAGCACUUCAAAUGGUUAAAUUUUAAACAGCAAAAUAUGACAAUACCAUCUAACACAUAAAUAAACAUGAAUAAAAAUAAAGUAUUCAAUAAGAAACCUGACCUUUCACAAUAUCCCAAAUAUCUGCAGGGGGUACCACAGUCAGUUUGGAAACUGAAGCAGUGAUUAAAUUUUGCUGCGGUCACAGCUGACCAUGCCUGGAUCAUAAUUUGUACUAUUUCCACUCUUAAUGAU